AUGGAGGAAGGAACAGUUAUCGCGCAGGACGCGCAAACUUCUACUACGCCGGAAGUCAAGAUAGAAGAUACAAGUGCUAGUGUAGAAAAUGAACAAUUAGAUGAAAACAUUUCUAAAAUAGACACUAAAAGCGAAAGUGGUGUUGUAAUUGAAGUGUUCGAAGAUAAGGAUUCCGUUUCCAAAGAGAACUCUUUUAUUGAAAACGGUAUUUGCGAAGCCGCUGAUGAUGCGAGGUCCUUGGGUGAUUUGGACAGUCUGCCGGCAGGUGAUGAGCUAGCGUUGGGUGCGGCCGGUAGUGACAGUGGUGUCGAGGGCUGCGGCCGAGCUCUAAGCAGCGGAGGCGGUUCACGAUCCUGUGCAUCCAGCGUCGUGUCCUGCGGGUCGGGAUGUGGCUCAGAAAGUUCCUCCAUCGCCGGAGCCCCUCCAAGACCUAGACGACGUGUCAAUGUCACAGUGACUGAACCCAAAAGGAGCUCACCGAUCGGAACAUCCACCCCACGACCAACAACAGCGCCCAGAGGCCCGAACCUGGCGACCCGCGAACGCGCUAGAAGCAGAGAAAAACCUAUACCGCCAGAAAAACCGCGCCCUCUGACGCCUAAGCCAAAAAUUAGACCAACCGGCGACCUACCGAACCUCGUCAGAGAGAGUCCCGCGUUACGUGCCAAACCAACUAAAACUUCCGCAGCUAGAUGUCGAACUCCAAACUCUCCUCAAACGGAGGAAAAGAAAUGGCCAACCAAUGGUCAAAGGUUGUCCACGGUGACAGAUGUUGGUGCGACACGUAUAGCGGCUGAUAAAUAUGGUACUUUACCAAGAAGGCGAAGAGACGCGGAUCAGGAUGGUUCGCCGAAACAUGACAUCACCCCACCAUCGUCAAGACGACCCACUGUUUCUCGUUCGGUUUCAUCGAGGUCCACAACAAAGACCCGGGUUCGAAUCUACGCCGAGAAGACUUCUCAAACGGUUUUGCUUGGUACCGACAUCGAGUCAGCUCUAGCGGGGAUUGUGCCCAAUAUUGAAAGAACAGAAGUUACGCGGUGUCAUCGCGGAGUUCAAGCGAGUGCCCGAGACACUGAGACCACACGGCUGGUAGCAGCAAAGGCUGCUGCAGAAGCGGCCGCUGCGGAGGAACGCGAGAGGAGGCUGCACGCUGAAACUCAGUUAGCCGCUGAACGGACAGCAAGGCUCGCAGCGAUCGCUGAACUUGAGAGGAACUCGCAGCGGCUUUUAGAAUUAGCUGGCGCAGUCCCAGGCGCUGGCGCUGGAGCGGAAGGCUGUCUAAGAGCCCUCGAAGAGCAAUUGCGGUCCGCCGAGGAGCUAGCGACCCGACAGAGGGGGGAAAUAGAUACGCUGAGGGAGCACUGCGACAAAUUGCACGCGGAGGCAUGCAAAGCCCGCGAAAGGUCACGCGUCUUCGAAGCUCGUUUGUCGGAAGCAGAACGGGAAGCGGCUGAGAUGCAGGAUUUCCUGGCUGCGGAGACCGGUGCCCUUGGGGACUCGCUGCGAGACGCCGAAGCUGAGGUCGCAAGGCUAAACGCUGACCUGGAACGAAGACGCGGUGAAUGUCGUCAACUAGUGCGCAUGUGCGAACAGCGUCGUCAAGAAGCGCUAGCAGCAUCUGCGCGCGCCCGCUUUGCUACUGGCGCCAGUGGCGCAACUAGCGUGGGGGGCGGCGCACAUGCGAGCGCGCACGCGCUGGACGCACUUUCUCGCAAAUUACGCACGUUGACAGACGCCGUGCGCGCCGCAUAUGCACUGCCGCAGCAUGCAAUUCAACCGACUGUCUUUCAUAAUGACGUAUACAGUCGAAGCGACAGCGGCGAAACUUUAUCGCCAGAGGAGGAAUCCCGCGGUGGUCUCCUCGGUGCAGUGGUGCGUGCUUUGCGUACAGCAGCGGCGAGUACGCCCAUUGUGCCCGCACCCGCACCCGCGCCCGUACACGCAGAUGACGAUCGCUCGCACAUUUCUGACGACAAUGAUAACUCCGCCGAACUGCUCGACUCGGAGACGGAACCUUGUCUAGUAACUGAUCCAGAAUGCGCCGAAGAAUGGUGGUCUGGCGCAUGGAGCGGUGAAGAAUUGUCUCCUGAACGUGACUCUUUUGGAGAUAUAGAUAAAGAUCCCGAGUCCGGCUCUGGAUCGGAGCGCGAGUCACUCCGCAACCUGUCAGCCGCGAUAGCACAGCGUCAGCGCUCCGAGGCAGAAGCUGAGGAAGCGGCACGAGGCUCGCUGCUCGACAGAGUCGUGCUGCUAGACCAACGGCUGGCUGAGCUGGUUCGAGCGCUAGCGUUAGCUGCUGCAGCAGCGAGGCACAAGGACGCACCGGGGGCAGCACUGGCUGACACAUUAAGAGAGAAAUUGGACGUGACUGAGCGAAACAUGGCUGACGUGGUCGUCAAGAAGCUGGCUGAGCUGGACGCGUCUAAGCACAUGAUGGAGCAGUACCGUCACUCCAUAGAAGCACUCAAAAAUCAGCUGGUCCAAUCCACUGAGGAGGACGACGUCGAAAUAAUCGAACAGGAGCUCUCAUCGUGCGAUGAAAGUGAACGGCGUUUACGCUACGAGGCGGUAGAGGGCGCCUUAUCGAGUUUAUCCACUCUGGGCAGUUGGUCGAGACUUCACCCCUUACAGUUGAAAUUAGAACGCCUCGCCUUCGCAUUGGCUGCGCCUCCGAGACCUGCUCACGCGCACUCCCCAGCUGCGUCCCCCCUCGCACCUCACCCCGCCGCUUGUACAUAA